GGACGCCCUGGGAGCCAUGGGCGAGCUCCCGUUCUUCAGGGCGCGCACGGCCUUGCACCCGGACCACCUGUGGAUCUGGGAAAGGUCCGUGUACGUGGACGAGAACCAGCGUACCUGGCUGCCCAUAAUCAUCGAGAUGGAGAGUAGCCUCCAAGUACUCAUGCGGCAGGAAGAUGUCCUCCUGGGGGGGGCUGUGUGCCCCGGCCUGCUAGCCCCCGGCCUGCUGCCCUCCAUGUGGCAGCUCUACCCUGGAAGACGAUACCGAGGCUCAGACUCCAGUUUCUGGCGCGUCGUGUACCACAUCGAGUUCAGUGGCACGGAGGAGAUGCUCCUUGAGCAGCUGCCGGACCCGGAGUAUGAGUGA